CUUUUAUGGUGACUUCAGCUUUCAGUGACUUGAAUAUAAAUUUGUAAAUUUUAACUAUGGAUGAUUUAGCUGCAAGGAGAGAAGCCAGACGACGAAAGAUCCUCGAAAAUUCCGAAAGUAGAUUAAAGAAAAUAACUAGCGUGGAAUGCAGAACUACAACGUCCGAACUUGAUGGCAAAUCUUUCACCGAGGCAAGGGAGAGGUCUUUGACGGCAGAACACUCUUCUAACAUUGAAGGCAAUGAUUUGGGAGGAUUACUGGAAUCUCAAUCGACCGAGAAACAUUUAGAAACAAUAUUUCAGAAUCCCAGGGUUUUCAGCGAUGAUGAUUCUAUAUCUCAAGUACCACCUAUAGCAGUGAAAAAGAACUUUCAACGUUUGUAUAUAAUAAUCCUUCCCUUGUUAACGAACUUGGUAUUCAUCCUUUUCGAUUUAUUGAACAUACAGAAAGACUUCAUGAAUCUAAAUAAAAUAUUCUUACCUCUUAUAGGAUACAAGAUUUACGAAUUUAUAUUUUUGUCUUCUAACAUCGAUUUUACGAAUAGUUUUAUAUCAUCUAUUAUCGUAUUAUCUAAUAGGCGAUAUUUAAGGCGAAUGAACAAGAUCAUAAGUUAUUGUGUGGUAUUUAUUCAAGAUGUUAUGAUUUAUUUCUUUGUAUUCAUGUUGUGUCAAUUUUCUAUCAGAGUAAUUUUUUAUAUUUUUUAGUUUUGUAAUUUUCGUAAAUUUGUUCUAAAUAAAUUAUUUUUUCGUA